AUGGAGAAUAGCACCGAAAUUGAGUUCCCUGCAUUCCCUUACGAACCCUACUCGAUCCAGCUCGAUUUCAUGAAAUUCCUAUACAAAUCCCUCGACAAAGGUGGCAUUUCCAUGCUCGAAAGCCCCACGGGGACUGGGAAAACCCUAAGCAUGAUAUGCAGUGCUCUGCAGUGGCUUGUAGACAGGAAGAAGCAGGAGAGUUUGGAAAAUGGUGGGGAGGAAAAGUCGGGUGAGGUUAAUGGGAAGGACGACGAGCCAGACUGGAUGAGAAACUUCGUACCAAAUAACGGACAGGAAUUAACCGGGCCGAAAAACCCACUACAACGAAAUAAAAUCGGGUCCCGUCCGAAGGGAAAUGAAGGUGCUUUCCCAGAUCUGAUUAGCCCUGGUGAAGGAGAAGUAGAAAAGGAGAUGGCUAACGGCAAGAAGGUGAAGAACGGGGUGGAUGAGGUGGAUGAUCAUGAGUUUUUGUUGGAAGAGUAUGAGAGUGAUGCAGAAAACGAGGGGAAAUCGAAAAGAAAGAAUGUCGGUGUGGAUGAUGAUUUAUCGAGCGAGGGAGAAAAGUUUGAUGGUGAGGAAGAUGAGGAGACACGUUUGAAGAUCUUCUUCUGCAGUCGGACACACUCACAGCUCUCGCAGUUCAUGAAAGAGCUGAGGAAGACUAAAUUUGCGAGUGAGCUGAAGGUUGUUUGCUUGGGUUCCAGGAAAAAUUUUUGCAUCAAUGAAGAGGUAGUGAGGCUGGGAAAUUCCGCACGUAUAAACGAGAGGUGCUUGGAGCUUCAAAAGAAUAAGAAGAAUGAAGCUUCUAAAAUGAAGAAAUUGGGCGCGGGAAAGAAAGUACGCUGUAAUAAAUCAUCCUCUGGAUGUCCGAUGCUAAGGAGACGGAAAAUAGAAGAGUUCAGGAACGAAGUUAUGCAGCGGGAGGCUCUGGACAUUGAAGAUCUAGUUAGUAUUGGACGUAAUUUGGGAGGUUGCCCUUAUUAUGGAUCAAGAAGAAUGAUGCCUGCAGCAGACCUUGUGGUUCUUCCUUAUCAGUCUCUUCUUUCAAAAUCAUCUCGUGAAUCACUGGGUGUGAAUUUAAAAAAUAGUGUUGUUAUCAUAGAUGAAGCCCAUAAUCUAGCCGAUACUCUAAUCAGUAUGUACGAUGCAAACAUUACAGUGUCCCAGUUGAAUCAAUUGAAGUGUCACUUGGACGGGUAUUUUAGACGGUUCCGUAAUCUUCUCGGACCAGGAAACCGGAGAUAUAUCCAGACUCUGAUGACCCUCGCUCGAGCUUUUCUAGAAAUGUUGUCUGAUGAUGGGAAAGUUAUGAGCCACUCUAAUCCCCCAUGUGAAGCCGAGGAGAUAAGAAGUGCUUCUGUUACCACAAUGACCAUAAACGAGUUUUUAUUUGCUCUAAAUAUUGACAACAUAAACUUGGUCAAGCUGUUGCAGUACAUGAAAGAAAGCAACAUAAUUUACAAGAUCAGUGGUUAUGGAGAUAAAGUUGCCGUCUCCAAAAGUUCUGCAAAUGCUGAAGAUGACAAAAUAGUCAUUGAGGAUGAAAGUGCAAUAUCUGGUUUUAGGGCGUUGGCUGAUAUUCUUUCAUCCUUGAUAAAUAAGGACAGUGAUGGAAAAAUAAUAGUCUCAAGGCCUAUGCAAACGUGUGAUGGGCUACAAGGAGGAUAUAUAAAGUAUGUCAUGCUUACUGGAGAGAAAAUAUUUUCUGAGGUCCUUGACCAAGCUCAUGCAGUUAUCUUGGCCGGAGGAACUUUACAGCCAAUAGAGGAAACAAAGGAAAGGCUUUUCCCAUCACUACGGCUUGAACAGUUACCCUUCUUUGCAUGUGGUCAUGUUAUUCCUUCCGAAAAUAUUAUACCCAUUGCUAUCAAGUACGGGCCUUCCGGCCAGUCCUUCGACUUCAGCUACAAGGCCAGAAGCUCAUCAACCAUGAUCACAGAGCUAGGUCUCAUGAUAUCCAAUCUAGUGAUGGUGGUUCCUGAGGGUAUAGUUGUCUUUUUCUCAUCUUUCGACUACGAAAAACAGGUCCACGAGGCCUGGAGGACUUCGGGUAUCCUCUCGAGAAUUACUAAGAGAAAGCGUGUCUUCAGGGAACCCAGGAAGAGCACUGAGGUGGAGGCUGUCCUGAGGGAAUACAGCGAAGCAAUCGAAGCACCUGCACCCAUGGGCCCCACAUCCUGCAGUGGUGCAAUCCUAUUUGCGGUUGUGGGCGGGAAAAUAUCUGAAGGCAUCAAUUUUAGUGACGGGAUGGGCCGGUGCAUUGUGAUGGUUGGGCUGCCUUAUCCGAGCCCAUCAGAUGUCGAGCUGAUGGAAAGGGUGAAGCAUAUUGAGGGUCUUGGGAGGGUGGGGUGUGGCGAGUCGAGCAUUGGGGAGGGUGAUAACGGGUUUCAUGUCCUCAGGAGCUGCAGAGGGAGAGGGAAGGAGUAUUAUGAGAAUCUCUGCAUGAAAGCUGUGAAUCAAUCUGUUGGCAGGGCCAUUCGGCAUAUAAAUGAUUAUGCAGCAAUACUAUUGGUCGAUGCACGUUUUUCCUCUGAUCAUACAAAAAAAAGCUUUUCGCCCUCGACUGAUAAGCUGCCACAGUGGAUCAAAAGUCAUCUGGUUGCCACAACUCCAAAUUAUGGAGAAGUUCACAGCUCCAAAUUCCAAGAGAAGUUCGGCGAAUCCCAUAGAAGCUACUCCGAAAAAUGGGAUGCCGUUGAAGUAAAGAAAAAGAAGAAAGAGGUUUGGAUUUCGGCAAACGCUCAAACGAAGAAAGACGAGCGCAUUAGCAGGAGAUCCAUCAGCUUUGCAGAUUGCAGGGGAUUAGAAGGCUUAAAGGAAGAGAAGAAUUCAAGAAAACAAUCAGCGAAAAAACCGAAAGGCUCGAGCUUCAGGGGUGCUGAUAGUUUAGCUCGAAAGAUGAAAGAUUUGGAGAUGAUGAACCCGAGCGAUAUGGACCACGUGCUCGAUGUGGAGGAGGUGUUGCAUUACUACUCGAGGCUCAAAUGCCCGACUUAUGUGGAGAUAGUCGACAAAUUUUUCAUGGAUAUGCAUUCGGAGAUCCACGUGCCGCAGCCAUCAAGAAGUGGCUCAAUGAGGAGACAUGGAUCGACCAGUGCUCAUGGCUCAAUGAGAAGCCUUCACCCUAUAAAGCUAUAG